AAAGGGGAGCGUCACUGCUCUCUGAUUAACGGCAGGAGAGCACCCGAGGAUUAGUAAUAAAUCUACACUGCGAAGCAUGCAGUCCGAUCCCUAGCCACCGCCUUCUUCCGUUCGCUCUUCCGCCCUGGCUUCUUUGCCGAUUCGCGCCGUGCAUCAUUCGCCAGAUCGAGCAACGCUCGCUGAUUCGCUUCUUCCCGGGGAGAGAUCAGCGUCGGAAUAUUGAAAGAAGAAGAUGCUCAGAUUCCUUAAGGGCGUUGUCGCUGGAUCUGGUUCAGGCCCCAAUAACCUGCCCUACAACCUUGGAGAGCCUUACUCCUCUGCUUGGGGCUCUUGGACUCACUAUCGCGGCACCUCCAAGGAUGAUGGUUCUCCAGUGUCAAUAUUUUCUCUUUCAGGAAAUAAUGCCAAUGACGGACAUUUAGCUGCUGGUCGUAAUGGUGUCAAACGUCUACGCACAGUCCGGCAUCCAAAUAUUCUGUCAUUCCUUCAUAGCACCGAGGCUGAAACUUCUGAUGGCUCAACGACAAAGGUUACCAUCUAUAUUGUCACCGAGCCUGUUAUGCCACUGUCAGAGAAGAUCAAGGAAUUAGGAUUAGAAGGUACACAAAGGGAUGAGUAUUAUGCAUGGGGAUUAUACCGAAUUGCUAAAGCUGUGAGCUUCCUAAAUAAUGACUGUAAACUUGUCCACGGUAAUGUUUGCUUGGCAAGUGUUGUUGUCACUCAAACUUUAGACUGGAAGCUGCAUGCUUUUGAUGUUCUAUCUGAGUUUGAUGGAAAUAAUGAAGCUUCCUCAGGACCCAUGCUGCAAUAUGAAUGGCUUGUUGGUGCACAAUACAAACCAGUGGAGCAGUCGAAGUCUGACUGGGCAGCAAUCAGAAAAUCUCCACCUUGGGCCAUUGAUUCUUGGGGUCUGGGCUGUCUUAUUUAUGAGCUUUUUUCUGGUACGAAGUUGAGCAAAACAGAGGAGCUGCGUAAUACAGCUUCUAUACCCAAGUCUCUACUUCCAGAUUAUCAGAGGCUUUUGAGUUCUAUGCCAUCUCGCAGAUUGAACUCAUCAAGGCUUGUAGAAAAUAGUGAAUAUUUCCAAAAUAAGUUGGUAGACACCAUUCAUUUUAUGGAAAUCCUGAAUUUGAAAGACAGUGUUGAGAAGGAUACUUUCUUCCGCAAGCUCCCCACCCUAGCAGAACAGCUCCCUCGCGAAAUUGUGCUGAAAAAGUUGCUUCCUUUAUUAGCUUCUGCCCUAGAAUUUGGUUCAGCUGCUGCCCCUGCAUUGACUGCGCUGUUAAAAAUGGGUUCAUGGCUUUCACCAGAAGAAUUCAGCAGUAAGGUAUUACCAACUAUUGUUAAACUCUUUGCCUCCAAUGACCGGGCUAUUCGAGUUAGUCUUCUGCAGCAUAUUGAUCAAUAUGGAGAGUCGCUAUCAUCACAAAUUGUUGAUGAGCAAGUUUACCCUCAUGUUGCUACUGGGUUUUCUGACACAUCUGCUUUCCUGCGAGAGUUGACUCUUAAAUCCAUGCUUGUUCUGGCUCCUAAGCUGUCUCAACGCACUAUCUCAGGGUCUCUUUUGAAGUAUCUGUCUAAGCUACAGGUUGAUGAAGAACCAGCUAUUAGAACAAAUACCACUAUACUGCUUGGGAAUAUUGCCAGCUAUCUUAACGAAGGGACACGGAAGAGAGUUUUGAUAAAUGCAUUCACAGUCCGUGCUUUGCGUGAUACAUUCUCUCCUGCCCGAGGGGCAGGUGUUAUGGCUUUAUGUGCCACCAGUUCUUAUUAUGAUGACACUGAGAUAGCAACCAGGAUUCUGCCAAAUAUUGUUGUACUUAUCAUUGAUCCUGACAGUGAUGUUCGAUCCAAGGCAUUCCAAGCAGUUGACCAAUUUUUGCAAAUAGUGAAGCGGUGCCAUGAAAAGUCAAAUGCAGGGGAUAGCACUGGGGAAUCAAGUGGAGGAAUCCCAUCGAUACCCGGAAAUGCAAGUUUACUUGGGUGGGCCAUGAGUUCCUUGACCCUCAAAGGAAAACCUUCUGAGCAUACACAUUCUGUGAAUUCUAGUGCACCUCUUACUUCUUUGGUCUCCAAUGACAACUCGGAGAUGGAUAGUUCUCGUGCAAUGCCAGUCCAUGUAAAUUCCAGUUCAGAUACAGCAGAUCAACCUGCUCCUGUGUCCCCUACAUCAACUGAUGGCUGGGGAGAACUUGAAAAUGGACUUCAUGAAGAGCAUGAAAGCGAUAAAGAUGGAUGGGAUGAUAUUGAGCCACUUGAGGAGCCAAAGCCAUCUCCAGCUCUUGCAAACAUUCAAGCAGCACAAAAGCGGCCUGUCUCACAGCCCAAACCACCAGUUACAAGUCUGCGUCCCAAAACUGCAGCGAAGGCUACCAAAGAGGAAGACGAUGACUUGUGGGGUUCGAUAGCUGCCCCUCCUCCAAAAACAGGAUCAAAACCUUUGAAUGUGAAAUCAAGUGUAUCGGUUGACGAUGAUGAUCCGUGGGCUGCCAUUGCUGCUCCCCUGCCCACUACAAAGGCGAAGCCUUUAUCAGCUGGGCGAGGACGAGGCGCCAAACCUGCGGCACCAAGAUUGGGUGCUCAGAGGAUAAACCGGACAUCCUCAUCUGGAAUGUAGAGAACAAUGGAAUUAGGGAAGGAAAGGAAGAGAGAGGGAGUGAACAGAUUUAACUGAAUUUUGUACAUUUGUUUGUUCUUCUUGAUAUUGAGUUUUCGUAUCACAAAUAUAAUGAAAUUGGGGAUCAUCGUCGUCCGUAGCCUGUAUUUUAUCCAACAUAUUAUUUGAUUUGUAAUAUGAUUUUUUUUUUUUUCCAUCCAAUCCAUAUUCUUUGCUCCG